GCGAUAACAACCUCCAACAGUUUACUCUUAUCACUUAUUUUUGGGACCUUGAAGCAUGGCGGCAUGCAGGUCUCUUGUGCGCCAAUGCGCUGUACACAUGCGCUCAUCUAGGGCUUUGAGUCAUUCAUUGCGCCAAUUACCUAGAUGCAACCCUCUGCCUCGCAGUUAUGCUACGUCGGUGGCCGCCGCGGAACUCAAAUUCGGCCAGCCAUUGCAUGAGACGCAUCCCCACAUCCUCAGCCCAGGCGAACUUACGCCUGGAAUCACCGCCCUUGAAUAUGCGCAACGUCGAUCGAAGCUCGCCAACAAGCUACCAAAAGGCGCGAUUGCGGUGCUGGCUGCCUCGGAGGUCAAGUACCGUGCGCAAGGUAUCUUCACUGAGUACCGCCAGGAUUCCAAUUUCUUUUACCUGACGGGAUUCAACGAACCGAAUGCGCUGGCGAUCAUCGGGAACGAUGGCUCUGGCGACAACCAUAUCUUCCAUUUAUAUGUGCGGGAAAAGGACCCCAAGGCAGAACUCUGGGACGGGGCGCGCUCCGGCACCCAGGCUGCUGUGGAUGUCUUCAAUGCGGAUGAGACAGGAAACAUUGAACGCAUUGGUGAUAUUUUGCCAAGUAUUGUUCAGGGAGCGACAGAGGUUUACUCGGAUAUCCCCACAUUUGAUGGCUCAAGAUCGAGUUUGAAUCGGUAUCUGUAUGGGCCAACAGUCGCGUCAGAAAAGCUGAAAAAGGUCGUCGAUCACCGCAAGGUCAAGCCAUUGAAGCAUCUGCUCAAUGAAAUGAGGGUGUUCAAGAGCGAGAAUGAGGUUGUACAUAUGCGCCGUCUGGGACAAGCGUCUGGGAGAGCUUUCACCGAGGCAAUGCGACAGGACUUCACCCGAGAGAAAGAUCUGUAUUCGUUCCUGGAGUACCAGUUCAAGGUGAAUGGUUGUGAUACCAACGCUUUUGUCCCGGUUGUCGCGGGUGGUCAGAACGCCUUGGCUAUUCACUACACUCGAAAUGACGAUGUAUUGAAGGAUGGUGAUUUGGUUCUCGUUGAUGGCGGUGGUGAAUGGGGAAGCUAUAUUUCCGACAUUACUCGAACAUGGCCUGUCAAUGGCAAGUUCUCUGAUCCCCAGCGGGAUCUGUACAAUGCUGUGCUCAACGUGCACCGGCGCUGUCUCGCUCUGUGUCGCGAGACCUCCAAUCUCUCUUUAGACAAACUCCAUGGCAUCGCCGAGAAUGGAUUGAAAGACGAGCUCAAGUCGCUUGGCUUUGAUCUUUCCGGCAAUGCACUGAACAUUCUUUUCCCGCACCAUCUGGGCCACUAUAUUGGCCUGGACGUCCAUGACUGCCCUGGGUAUUCCAGAGGCUACGACCUGAAAGCAGGUCAAUGUAUAACAAUUGAACCGGGUAUUUAUGUUCCUAACGAUGAACGAUGGCCCGCCCACUUCCGUGGGAUCGGAAUUCGCAUCGAGGAUAGUGUUUGUGUCGGAGACGAACACCCGAUUGUUUUAACCCCUGAGGCUGUCAAGGAGGUCGUGGAUAUUGAGGCGCUGCGUAAUUAGAUGUGAUGUAUACGUUGGCCGUCAGAUCUCUCAAAUUCCCAUGUACAUUAGCACAAGGCUCCAAAAGAUCAUAUUUGAGCCCCUUUAUUUUCUUUUAUUUUGUUUCCUCUGAUCUAUAAUCUACAUGUCUGAACUAUCCUUGCCUAGAUUACAUUCUGGUGGCUGGUCUGGGGCUGUUUGGGGGCUGGUCCGGGGUGGUUGGAGACGACCGGACAUUUUUAGCAGUUGUAUGUUAAGAAGAGAAACAUUGGACAAAAU